GUGCCGAAGUAGAUGAUAUUGAAAAUUUUCUCUUUGAUUAUAAAGGCUAUGCGAAAGCAAAGAAAUAUAAUGAAGAAACAACCUGUUUCAAAACUUCAUUAAAAACAAAGAUCAGUGAAAAGAUUAAAGCUGAAAACGAACCAAAGAUAAAAAUCCUCCGGCUAAAACAUUUAAAGCAAGAAGAAAAAAAAUUAGUAAGAGAAUAUAUGAAUAGAUAUGAAGCUCAUAUUGAACAUGUGAAUACAAAACUAAGGUUAGAUGAAAAAUGCGAUUGGUAUAUUAAAGGUCUUAGAGAACCUUUUCGUUCAAAAGUAGAGAAUUGUUGUUCUAAAGACUAUAAAAAAGCUAAGAAGAAAGCAUUGGGGAUGGAUGAGUAUAAAAGAGAAAAGAAUCAAGAACAUGAAGGAGAAAGAUCUAAAGAUCUCGUUAAUGAACUUGCGGCAUUAGAGAUUAACCGCAUUGAGCAAGAAGCAAAGUAA